UUCGUCGCAGCAGUUUGUCGAGUAAUCAGCUAGAAACUACAUAAAAUCAACAUGACCGGACGCGGUAAAGGAGGAAAAGGUCUUGGAAAAGGAGGAGCCAAACGUCAUCGUAAAGUGCUCCGCGAUAACAUCCAGGGAAUCACCAAGCCCGCCAUUCGUCGGUUAGCUCGUCGUGGUGGAGUAAAACGUAUCUCCGGUUUGAUAUACGAAGAAACCCGUGGAGUGUUGAAAGUGUUCCUGGAAAACGUAAUCCGUGAUGCCGUGACAUACACCGAGCACGCCAAGAGGAAGACCGUCACCGCCAUGGACGUCGUGUACGCCCUCAAACGCCAAGGUCGGAGAGAACCAUCAGUAUUUUACAGUUCGUCUAAUCGUACACAAACGAAUUCAACAAUGGCCCGUACCAAGCAGACAGCCCGCAAAUCUACCGGAGGUAAGGCUCCCAGGAAGCAGUUGGCCACCAAAGCCGCCCGUAAGAGCGCACCCGCCACCGGAGGAGUGAAGAAACCCCAUCGUUACCGUCCGGGAACAGUCGCUCUCCGUGAAAUCCGUCGUUACCAGAAGAGCACGGAGCUGUUGAUCCGCAAAUUGCCGUUCCAACGUCUGGUGCGUGAAAUCGCCCAGGACUUCAAGACCGACUUGCGUUUCCAGAGCUCCGCCGUCAUGGCGUUGCAGGAAGCCAGCGAGGCCUAUUUGGUCGGUCUUUUCGAAGACACCAACUUGUGCGCCAUCCACGCCAAACGCGUCACGAUCAUGCCAAAGGAUAUCCAACUUGCCCGUCGUAUCCGCGGAGAACGCGCCUAAUCUUUAGUUCAAUACACCACCAUUCCAUUAAAACGGCCCUUUUCAGGGCCAUCACACAUUUCGUAUUUCGCUUUUAUUAUGCAUAACCGCCCUUUACCGUGACCUUUAACACUGAUUUUUUACAACAUAGUAGGCCAUAACAAAUCGACAAUAACUGUGUAGUGUUGUACUUGUCUCCAUCACACAUUAAGAUUUAUACUAUAGGUACGACUUUAACGUGUGUG